AUGUUUACUAAUAUUGAUUACUCUCAUGUUUUUAGUCUAGGAAAUAAAUCUGUUGAUUUAUAUAGCAUAAUAAUGCCUUUUAAUUCUACAAUACAAAGCUUAGAAAAUAAAGCUAAUAAUUUAUAUAGUACAACAAUGCUUUUUAAUUCUACUCAAAGCCCAGAAAAUGAUGCAAUUGAUUUGACAUUAGAGGUUGAUGAAUCUCAAUUUUUUAACUCAGAAAAUGAGAAAGAAAAUAAGACAAACAGUUCUCAAGAUGAUCUUAAUGAAACUUCAAAGGCUUUUCUUUUUGGUGAAGCUAAAAAAAUAGUUGAUAUUACUAAGCAGUGUAAAUACCAUUCUACUGCAAUAGAUUGUGAGUGGCAUGUAAAUUUCAACAAUUGUAAGAAUACUACUAAGAUCACUUGUACAUCAUUUGUUGACAAACAUAACCAUGAAAUGGAUCCUAUUAUUGAUUAA